AUGUCGUUUUGGCGCUACUAUACGCAACUGCACCAGACUUCAGAUGGUUUUGAUACGACAUUACCUGCACGGUUACCUACUACUCUGAAUCAUCCUUUAAUUAAUCCGUCGGAUAUGAAUGGAAAUGGGAAGAGAAAUCUGAGAAGCGUUGUAGUGAGUCCUGUACAACAUAGAGCGUUGGAUUACGGUAGCCGAGAGCCAGAUCACGAUGUCAACGGGUCGAUAAUGAGUGCAAAUCUUCACUUCGCCAUACUGUCCGGUGAGGACGGUGCUUCUUAG